AUGCUACGAAAGACUAUGCAAGACGUAACCCAGCGCGCAAAGCAGUCACAAGCGUUGAAGCAAAUUCCGGCCAGUUAUGAGAUACUUUCAGCUACGCCUAAACUCUGCAAUCCCUAUAUUCUGUGGGUUGCAGACGUAUCACAAAACAAACCCAAGCCCGUGGAAACGAAACUCAAGGCCUUUCGUGAUCCUUUCGCCAAGGAGAACUUGGAGCAGGAUCUUUUUGUUACACAGCUGCACGGCACACACAACCUUAUCCUGAAUAAGUUCAGUGUCGUAGAUGAACAUGUGGUGUUAUCCACUAUCGAGUAUGUCCCUCAGGAGCAGUCGCUCGAUAUUGCUGACUUUCGUGCCAUGUGGACGGCCAUGCAGGGUCUGGACGCUUUCGCCUUCUUCAAUUGUGGCUUUGAAAGUGGUGCCAGUCAAUCCCAUAAACACAUGCAGCUCAUGACGUACUCGUCUAUACAAAAGAUUACUGGACUUCAUAUGCCACCAAUGCUACACUUUAUUGACCAGAAGCUGGGUGGAUACCCGACGACUGAAAUUGUGCAGCUGCCGGAGCUUCCAUUCUGCCACUUCCUCCACCGCAUCGAUCUUGUUGACGGUAUCGACAGCGACAAGAUUGCAGCCAACAUCGUCGUCAUCUAUGAUAAAAUUCUCAACCAGAUGAACAGCACAAAAUAUUCGAAAAUCUCUGCUCAAGUGGGAACCUCACCGACAUCACUACACGUAGCUUAUAAUUUGUUGCUGACAUCGUCGUUCCUCUUUGUAAUCCCAAGGAGGGCACAGAACUUCAAAGGCAUCGAAGUGAACUCGAUUGGCUUUAUUGGGUCUUUCUUCGUGCGCGAUUCCGAACAGCGCGCUCUCUUUGAUACACACGGUGGACCGAUGGAGCUGCUGCGCGAAGUCACGUUCUUGCCUACACUUGCCUAA